GCUCAAUCACCACAACAAGUUCCUGCCCUAUCCGCCCAGCCCACGUGCACACGCCUCUCCAUCCGAUCGGAUCUGAUUAGUGUACAUAUACACUAAAUAUAGUGUGACCCGCGAGAAGGCCCUUCUGAUGACGACAAUGACCACUAUGUCGAAAACAAUAACAGCGGCGAGCGUCAGCAGCAGCAUCCGAGUGCAGCAUCACCAACAUAGACAGCGAUUCCACCAGCACCACCGCCGCCAGUCGCCUAGUGGGAUGGUACUAGUUGGCGCAGCCGCACUGCAGUGCGAGGCUAAAUGCAAUGAUCCUUCGAGCAAAGGAUUCAGUAGUGAACGAGAAGCGAAACCGAACGGAAGUGCAAACAACAGCAGUGAAGAGAAACCUAUUAAGGAGCUUAGUUUUAAAACAGACUGUGAUAACAAAGGUUGGCGAAAGGGACUGUUGAGUGCUAGAAGAACACCCGAACAAAGAUAUACCUACAAUUUUAAGAGCUUAGUAGGUAGUGGUUUGCUGAAUAGACGAAGCAAUAUGGUGCACACGAAGAAAACUACCAACGGCAGUUUGGCCAUCGAUCAGAACGGAGCGGAUAUUUUACCCAUCGAUCGACGUUUUCAUACCGACUCAAAGGACAGUGUGAACGAGAUGGCCAAGUUGAUCGAUGGAAAGCAAAUCGCCGCGGAUAUCCGCGUGGAACUGCGGGACCAGAUCAAGGAAUGGAUGGAGCAAGGUGGCAACCGAGCGCCACACCUCACUGCCAUACUGAUUGGGGAGGAUCCCGCCAGUAACACCUACGUGUCGAACAAGAUGAAGGCUGCAGCCGACGUCGGCAUCACUAGCAAAACGGAACGCUAUGGAGCGGACAUUACCGAGGAGCAGUUGUUGAAGCGUAUCGAAGAGCUCAACGACGACGACUCGGUGGACGGCAUUCUGGUGCAGCUACCGGUCCCUGGACACAUCAACGAACGGAAGGUCUGCAACUCGGUGUCCUGCGACAAGGAUGUGGAUGGUUUCAACGAACGAAACAUCGGUCGGCUGUGUCUGGAUAUGAACACGUUGAUCCCCUGUACCCCGCUGGGCGUUCAGGAACUUAUCAAACGAACUGAAAUCGAAACGUUCGGCAAGAAUGCUGUGGUCGUUGGCCGGUCCAAGAACGUUGGCAUGCCGAUCGCCAUGCUGUUGCAUGCCGACGGUCGCAACGACACCUGCGCCAUGGAUGCCACCGUGACCAUGUGCCACCGGUUCACGCCCCCGGAGGAACUGGCCCGAUUCUGCCGAACGGCAGACAUUAUCGUCACGGCCACGGGAGUGCCCGGCCUCAUCAAGGCCGACAUGAUCAAAGAGGGAGCGGCGAUAAUUGACGUAGGAAUCACCCGGGUGACGGAUCCCGUGACCGGCAAAAACAAACUGGUGGGAGACGUGGACUUUGAAGAGGUUCGCAAAGUGGCAGGCCACAUUACGCCAGUACCGGGCGGGGUCGGACCAAUGACGGUUGCCAUGUUGAUGAAGAAUACGUUUAUUGCGGCGAAGAAUUUGGCACGCAAGAAAGCCGAGAAGGAAAAGUAAGAUGCUGAUAGCAAGGACAAUAAGUGAGGUUAGAAUUAGGAGGGUUCAAAAGAGGACGAGAAUCUUAUAUUUAUGUUUAUAAGGCAGUAUUUCAGGGAGUUUUCACUCAUGUUCUGUUUACAUAAUCAAACUACUAUAUUUAGAUAUAGAAAAGUGACUAACUUAGUUAGACUAAGAAGCAUUUAUUUAUGUACGAAAGAACCUUUAUCGAUUGAACAAUAUAGCAUAAAAUAACGCAAA